GUGAAUAACUCAUUAAUUACAAAUACAUUUAUAGGUGUACUCCUCUCUCAUUUGCUUUUCAUCUUGUUGCAUCUAAUUAGUCUCGAAAGUAGUGGUGUAUAAGGAAUGAAGAAGUGAAGCAAUCUGGAAAAUCCAGAUCCGGGAAAGAGGAUGAACACAUUCGCCGGACGCCGCCUCAAGCCGUUCUCCACACUAUAAUGAGCUCUUGCCUUACUCCUGGUGGCUCCACCGUCGUGCCGUUAGCCUUCGUGUCUCAAGUUACAGUAGCUCGAUGGUCUUCUUCCGCCAUUAAUGGCUGUGUGAUAGCUCUCUGUUCACGACCCAGGUAACAGCAACACAGCAACAUCGAGGGUUUCUUCUCCCCCUCUAACAACGCCCUUGACCUGGGGCACCCUCCUUUUCUCCAGCAUCAUCGACCGGGAGUCGUCUCUCUCUUAAACCUCCAUUUCCGGUUGCAGUAGAUCCCAAGUUUGGUGACCAAUGGUUAGGAGUUCGGACGUACAGAGGCAGGGGUAAAAGGCCAGGGAUGUUUUGGGUCAAAUAGCAACAGUGGGCUGGACCACCUUUUGCUCCAACGCAGCUCUACAACGGGCCAAUUUCAGCAACACAGCCAUUACUCAGCCCAUAUAAAAAGCUAAGUACUACAACCUAUCUACUUACAAUUAGUAUGUGAACAUGUUUGAUAAGAGGAUUUAAAAAAACAUCAGAAAAUGAAAAAUUAAUAUCGAAUUUCAAUCUCAAGAGGUGAGUCAUCCAUUAAAAGAUCCCUAAAAGCGUGAGUCUGGCGGGUUCGAACUACAAACUUGAGUGACAAUUUGAGUUAGAUUAUUAAUUUAUCAUCAUUAUUUUUAAGUAGUGUGUAUUUUUUGGCAUUGAAAAAAUAGAUUUAUCAAUUCCGAGCACUCACUUACACUGGCAGACUAUUGAAAUCUCGCACCACUGGGUCACAUCAUACGGGUGUGGUGAUAAUAACUCCCAACCCAAAAGUCAUCUAAUACACACUCUAAUUUCUAUGUUUUGUAUGAGUUAUAUGUGCCCCCUAAUUGUCAGAGUCACACUUUAGUCUAGGCGCGUGUCACACUCCAAUUAAGCAUAGAAAUCUAGCUUGAGCUCUAGCUUAAAAAUUUGAGGCCACCUAAUGUAAGCUCAAAUCCAAUAACGAUUUAUAAGCUCAAGAAACUAUAACAAUUUUAUUUGAAUGCAUAGGUGUAAAUGUGUAAUUAAAUGAUGACUUGGAUUUUAUAUCGGUCCCUCGGCCAUACUCCUUGUCAUCUUUUUUUGAUGAUCCGAACAUCACAUUAUGGACACUCGCUCGACUUAUUUUCUAGCCAACUUUAUUUGAUGACUAUAACUAUGCAUCAUGGCAAGCUACUCAUAUACAAAGACUAGUCUCAACCAUCCCCUCGGCAUAUGGUGGUCAUUGCAGAUACAUGCCUAGGCCGAAAGGCUCACCCUUUUGCUUGAUUUCGGGGGCGUCCGGUGUACUCUUUUCCCCUCAUUAGGAUUUUUCUCAUAUGGUUUUUCUUAGUGAGGUUUUAAAGAGGCAUCUCCUUAAUGUUGACAAAAGAUGUUGACCCUCGACCCUACUAAAGACAUCAUGACAUAUGCACUACUAUACUCCUCUUCACCUCACUACAUUCACCUCAAGUAGUGGGGGACUAGAAAAGCGUGGACUUAGCGCCUUCAUUAAUCGAAGAAGCACAAUUUCAAUUUUUUCACGAGAUUUGCCACAUGCACCGAUGACAUCAUCACAUCAUAUGCAGACUCAGUUGCCACAACAGCAAGUACAUAUUCAUAGCCCUUCGAUCCCAGGACCGGUGGUGACGGUCUUUGGCCUGCGACCUUCGGCUAAGGAUUCUCCUAUAGGGUUGCCUCAGUCAGGGCUCGCCAAUGAGGCCAAAUCAACGACUUGGGAAUCUGAAGGAGGUGCCUCGGAGAUGUCAGAAGUUUAGACACCAGACAAUGACAUACCAACACACAUUUCUACUCCAUUUCGCCUCGAGUACUCUCGACUCAGGGAGUGGGGGACUCCUGAUAGAGUAUAUAGACUCGGACCCCGAUCUCACGACUAUUAGGCGUGGAUAGCAGCCCACACACGCUUACAUGAUGUCAUUUAUAUUAUUAUUGUACAGUUCAUAUUAUUAUUGAAACCUAAGUCACUAGAACAACACAAUUCAACACAACAACAUUAUUCUUCAUCUUCUUCUCUAUUUCUUUUUAGCUCAAUCUCUCCAUUUUAUAUAUGUUUGGAUCUCUAUUAUCCAUUAGUGAAGAACCAAGAGGUUGUGCCAUGUUUGGUUCUGGUGGCACAUACAUGGGCGUGUUGCGGCACAUGGGCAAAGGUCAUCACCACUGACUAGUUAGUCUACCUACACUCGGAAGAGAACGUGGAAUGCCGCUGACAUUAGCCACAAGUAUGUGGUUGGAAUGUCGUACUUCUGCGGCGGCCCUCAUGGGCUUUAUCCGUUCUUUAAAUCGGUGUCCAACAUUGCGAAAAGAAAUUACUCCAACUCCGCAACCUUCAACCUUUCCACCCAUUGCGGCACCCAUGUUGACGCUCUCGCCACUUCAACCAGACACUUCCUUUUGCUCAAUCUCAUGAAGCUCUUCAAAGUCGUUGUUCAUUUUGCUAUUGAAGAUCUCCCUUACAAAAAUGUGUUCUAUCCAAGGUCUUUUGUUUUAAUAUUCUUGCAAGAACUUCUAAACUUUGUCUUCCCUAUUCUACUUAUUCUUGUUUGAUUCCGUAGAUACUCACAGUUGUGUUUCUGAUUUACAAAGCAGCAGGUUUCCUACGGGACUGAGAUGUGCAGUGGACGUUCACUACGGGACUGAGCAAGAAUGUUUUUAUCCUAGCGUGAAGAAUAUACCGCAGCAGGUUUAGGAGGAGUUUGCAAUACAUCCCCGUAGCAGUUUGAUGUUCUUCAAGCAUGGCUGUGGCAGAGUACUUAUUCUAGUCAUCUCAGCCUGUCGUGUAGAGGAGCCACCUACGAAGAGCCACACUUAUGUGAUCAAUCAAAGAUAAGUGCUUGGAUUUCUGUCUUCACUUAAAAACAUUCGAUUCUAACUUGGUUUCGUAUAACAUACACUUAUGCUACAACACUACACCACUACUUUUGAUGAUCAAGCAGUCGUGUGUAAUGCUAGCUUGCCAUGAAGCCCAGUCAGGGUGACUUUUUUUGCUGGCUUGGCAGACAUCCUUUUUUUCUCAACUGCCAACGUUAUGCAUGCUGGCAUGGUAACUUUAUGCAUGUCAACCAUUGUUUAUAAAAAAAUCAUGUUCCUAUUGCUUACUCCCUUAUGGGGUGGUGCCUUAUGCAUGUUUGUUAUUUUCAUGUUUAUCACUUUUUUGUUUGCAAUGCUUUGUUACCAUUGGGCAUUAACCUCUCGCAACGUGCGUGCCCGUGCUAGUAUUUGUGUAUAUAUGGGAUGGAAGAAAAGCUAACCCGCACUAUAUAUACGUAAUCCAUCAUUCACUUGGGAACAUGCUUCUAGCUAGCUAGAUACGUAUAUAAUUAAAAAGCAAUCAUAUAUAUCGUGGAUGGUCAAAUCAAAAUGGUGAAGAAUCGGCAUAUUGUGCCGUGUUUGGUGCUGCUGGUGGCAUUGACAUGGGCAUGCGGCGUCUUGUGGACAAGGGUCGUCACCUCUGACGAGCUAGCCUAACUUCAGACAGAAGAGAAUGCGUUCAUGAACAAGACCAUCAUUGACAUCAGCCACAAAUAUGUGGUUGGAAUGCCCUACUUCUUUGGCGGCCCUCAUGGGCUUCCGCCGUUCAUUAAACCGGUUUCCAGCAUUGCGAAGGAAAAUUACUCAAACUCCGCAAUCUUUAACCUGCCCACCCAUUGUGGCACCCAUGUCGACGCUCCUGACCACUUCAACCAAGACCCCAGUGGAUGAAGGGUGCGACGUCAACUCUCUGGAUCUGCGCACUUUAAAUGGACCGGUGUUAGUGGUUGACACUCCCCGGGACAAAAUAUCACCGCUGAGGUUAUGAAGUCAUUGAAUAUACCAAGAGGAAUGAAGCGUGUGCUGUUCAAAACACUGAAUAUAGACCAGAAUAUGAUGAAUCAAUCUGCAUUUGAUUCCGCUUACAUCGGUUUCACUACCAACGAAGCCCGGUAUUUGGUCCAGAACACUGAUAUCAAACUUGUUGGCAUAGAUUAGAUGUCUAUUGUUAUUUCAUUGUUCAAUGACAUUGUUCGGGUUCAUCAGACGCUCAUAAACGCCAAGGAUAUGAUUUCAGUGGAGGGUUUAAAACUGUACGAAGUUGUUCAUGGAGUAUACAGUACCAUUCAUUGUCUCCCACUGAGGUUGGUGAGCUUAGAUGGAUCGCCCAACAGGUGCAUCUUGAUCACCUGAUCUGAUUGCAUGCUCGCCCGACCUCAUUAUUACCUAUUUGUGUGUAACAGAAUUCAUCUUUAUGUUAUGAUGAUGAUUGUUCUUAUGAAUAUUCAACUAUCCUAGCUCAAUCAUAUUCUCAAAAUAAAUUGAAUCUUCCUUUUUCUGCAUGUUCCGUUGCAUGCCCGCCUGACCUCAUUAUUACCUAUUGCCGAGGAUGCAAUCAAAUCAGGUGAUCAAGAUGCACCUGCUGGGCGAUUCAUCUAAUACAUACAUUUAAUGUUUUUGUUCAUUUGUGGUAGAUAUUUGUCAUUUCAGAACUUUUUGAUGAAUUAAAUGCAUAAUCUUUCCAAAUCUUGAAUUCAGCACAGGUAAAAUACGAGUGAAAAAACAUUCCAGAUCUUGAGUUCAUUUCCUCUCUAAACAAAUUGAUGAGAGAGGUAAGGUAACAGAACAUGCAGAAAAAGGAAUAUUCAAUUCAUUUUGAGAAUAUAAUUGAGCUAGGAUAGUUGAAUAUUUAUAAAAACAAUCAUCAUCAUAACAUAAAGAUGAAUUCUGUUACACACAAAUAGGUAAUAAUGAGGUCGGGCG